GGCAACGGCAACGGCGCGGUGCUGCGGGCGCGGGCAGGUGCGAUGGCCACAGCGGCUUUCCGGGACUCAGCACCAGCUCAGCUCCCUUCAGGCACAGCCACUCUGCCGUGGGGCAGCGCCGGCACCAUGCACGUCACCAGGCCCAAAUCUGCCAAGGGACAGAGGCCCAGCUUGAGCCACCGUCAGGGCACGGAAGCCUGUCCGUGCCAUGUGCCACCUUCCCCAGCGGCGGCCUCUCCUGGGGAAUUAGCGACCAGCCGGAGAGCACCGCUCACAAAAGCGGCGUUCCCACCCGCCCAGGUGUGUCCUGAGAAAAUCCCAGAGCUCCUGCAGCAAGUGCCUUUGAAGACCUCCUCCUCCCUGAACAAGUACCGGGUGCUCCCCUCCAUCAUCCGGAAAGGCGUCGGGAGCGACGCCGUGGAAGCGUUGGCCGAACGCGCCGAUCGGCUGGGAGUGAGUGAGGGGCAGGAGGAUGCUCCAAAGGCCAUCAAGACCUUUUCUGGAGAACGGGGAUCUGCCAGCACGUUGCCAGGAAGUGACACUGGCACUGAAGAGAGCUCGCACCGCGCCCCUGAGCAGUGGGGAAAGCAAGCGAGGCAGGAGAGCCCUUGGACGCUCCCUGUAAGCCCGGAGGAGCCACGGGUGCUGCUCGCUGUCCGAUCUCCCUCUGGGCAGAGGUUUGAGCACCACUUCAAGCCCUCUGACAGUCUCCAGACGGUCCUUGCCGUGGCAGGACAGAAAUUGUUGGCCAACUACCAACAGUGCAGCGUUGAAACCGUGGAGGUGCCCCGGAGGCGCUUCUCUGACCUUACAAAGUCCCUUCACGAGUGCGGGAUCCUCCCCAGGUCCGUGCUGUGCAUCCGUCAGGACGAGCAGCACGAUGCAGCAGAUCUUUAGGCACACAGCAAUGCCGUGGCUGUUCACGAAUUCUUUAGGCACACAGAGAUCCUUGCAUUGCUUCUUCCAAGGAGCUGAGAGUCCGAUGCUUCCUGCGCCUACUUCUUUAUCUUUCAUCUCCCACGAAAUCCCCGUGAAGCAGAGUUAUGGAUAUGUGAUAGUAUUUGGAACAGUGCUUCAGAAAAUAGGUAUUUCAGGUGCAUAAACCUGAUUCAUACAGAGCAGCUUGUAUCACCUGCGCCAUCACAAAUUUCUGCCUCAGCACCACCAACCUUCAGCCUUUCUGGUUUGUUGAAGUUGCUGAUGUUCUUUGAGAACUCAGGUUUCCAAGACCUCUCCCCUUGUCCUUUUCUAUGUUUUGGGAAGGUAGAAACAACGAUUUAGCUACAGGAGCACCUUCAGUGGCUGAUCAUUAUCCUAAAUGUCUUCUCAAGAGACUGAAAAGGAGAUCAAACCCCAAAAUCAAGUGGACAUAACAGUAAUAACACAUUAAUGAGUUACUGUGAAGUAUUAAAUUGCAAGACUAAUCGUAAAAUAGCUGUGAGGGCUCGGGCCUUUCUGGGUAAUGUCAGCCUAGCUCUUAACUGUGACUAAACCAUCUUUUUAAGAAGAAAUCGUUAUUAUUUUGGCUGUCUUGGGGAGCAGCAGGAUUUUCUCCUUCGUUUUCCUUCUCUUAUUCGGCUCAUGUGAUCCACAGGUAAGGAGAGAUGGAUCGUUAAGAAGGGAUGUUACAGAUAAUUCCAUUUAACCCCUCUACACUGACGUGAGUUUGUCCAAGAAGCGAGUGCUGCUUUGGGAAUUUUUAAAUAAGGUAUUAAUGGGAUUUGACUGGGAAUUGGCUCAAGGGGUAAACCAUCUUUUACUAAACCAUCAUUAAAAGGCUGGUUGUGUGACUUGGCAGGUUUAGGCAAACACAAUGUGCUUGUGCUAAAAAUAAAGAAGAGAAAUAUCUUCUAGUUUCUAAUGGAAUUUCAAAGGCAGUAAUUUUUAAUCUCCUUUAAAAAUGGACCACUUGCCACACAGAUGAGCGACUUUGAAUGCUUUGAGGCAAACCCAAUUUAUUUUGAACCUCAGUGUAACUGCCGAACCAGCUCAGCACAGAAGCACAAACACAACAGGAGCAGAAAGCUGACUGCUGGUGCUGGCUGAGUGUGGUUCCUGAUGCUAAAUCAAGUGUUCAGGGUCCAGCAGCUUUGUAAAAGCAGUACCUGAUGGAACAGUGGUCCCUGCUGCUGUUGGUGAUGGGAAUCGCUCAGCAGCACUCCUGAAUAUUGAAACAUAUGGAUGCCUUCAACAGAACCACGAAGUAUUUCACCUGGUUUCAGGAAAAGGGACCAUUUUCCAUGUUCCCUUCAGUGCUGGGUAGUUAAUUCCCAAUUUCUGCCUGUUGUGUGUAUUGUGUUGCUCCUACACUUCCGAGUGUUUCCAUCCUGUGUUAAAUAAAACCUUUCAGGCCGAAAGUUGAACUUUAAAUGAUUUACAUGAGCUGAGGUUUAUCCAUCACACCUGCUCUUAAGAGACCUUUGAUUUGAUGACAAAUAUCUCAGGGGCUGCCCAAGUCAGCCUUUGGAUGGUCAGCUGCCCUCCACACCUCCUGAAGUUCGUGUCUGUGUCCUGGGCUCAGUACAAGGUGCAGCCAAGGAGGAAGAACUGUGCCUCAGUGACCAGCUGUGACCAGAGCCGGGGACCAGCAGGCAGCUGUGGGAGCACAGGGGCUCUGAGCAACAACAGAACAAUCAGACAAUUCAGCAGCUUGGCUCACAGCGGACUUCUCGUGCUGGAGGGUGUUCCUCCUGGAUAUCUAAGAUAAAUCUGGAUGAGUUUGGUUUUAAUCACCUAACCCAGGCUACAGCAUCUCCAAGUCUUGAUCUAGGCAAGCACAACACAGGGAAAACGCCUCUUUUCUCUCGGGUCUCCUCUUCCCUUCAGAACUGUUCUGGGAAGAUUUUAGCAGCAACUCUUGUAAGUCCAGCACAAGUACGGGGGGAAGAACAAUAUUUAUCUGACCUCAUUUAUUGUGUGGCACCAUUUACCAAACUUCUUUGUGGGAAUCUUGUAAGAAUUCCAGCAUUAAAAUUCAUUCUGUCACAAAUAUAAAACUUUACAGGACUUUUGUCUGAGAAUGUCCUUAA